UUUAUGGUAAAUAGGGCACCCUAGUGACAUCUUUCAACAUUGACCGUAUAACCAGUGUUUCUAUUUCUUUUUAAUUGGCACGUUAUAUCCGGCAUACAGAAAUUUUGGCAAACGGACAAUUGUUGCAGCAAGCUGACAACCUGUAACGAGUCAAGAAAUUUACUUGCAUCUUUAUUAUUGAAUAAAUCAUCUAAAACAUGGAAAAAUCAGCAUUAGCCCAAGAAAAGGUAUGGUUUGAUAAGCCAUCCUAUGACAAGGCAGAACGGCUAUAUUUUGAAAGAAUGGCUAAGGUGGUGUCCCAUAAAAUUAUGGAAAGCUGCUCUCUUAAAUCUGAGGUUUCUCUAACAAACAAUUGUCAAGAUAUUCUGAAUAGUAAUUCUUUAUCUAAGACAAAAUCUAAGAAAUCUAAAGAUAAUCAACUGAUAAUUUCUGAUAACAUCUCAAAUGACAUAACAAAUUCCAAGAAAAAGAUGUCAAACACGAAUAAAGAUGAGGAUGAAUACAAUAUGCAGAAAAAAGAAAAUGUAGAAGAAAAGCAGAAGUCUGUAAAAUUUAAGAAUGAUACAAAGGGGGAAGAAACUAGCCCUACAAAUGAUGUAUCUAAGAAAUAUAAUACAAAAGAAGUAAAAGAAGAAAAGAAUAAAGCUGAUACAAGACAUAGAAAUAGGGGAAAGGCAAAGAAAGAUGCUAAGGAAAGCAAAGAAAAUGUUGCAUCAUUAACAAGGAAUAAGCAGCAGUUACCUACUCAGGGAAAUCAGCAAACCACUAGUUCAAUGCUAUCUGCUGGUGGAAGUUUAGCCAAUGAAGUGGCCAAGGCUCGUCAACAUAUUAAACAAUCCUUACAGUGUAUGGACGAUAUUGCAGCUGUGGCUGGUCUAACUGCUCCAAAUGAUAACAAGAAAGACACAGUUGAUGUUAGCCUCGUUCAAUCAUUGAAAAAUAUUAUUGACAAAUUGGAUGAACGUGUGAAAGCUCUUGAAGACAAGGUUUCACUCCUAUAUACCGCUCCUCCAACACUAGCUGUUUGCCCUGCUAAACCUGAACCAGCUACAAAGCAAACGCAGGAAAAAGCCGACGAUGACGAGGAUGUCGAUCUCUUUGGUUCAGAUUCAGAGGGAGAGGAUGCAGAAGCUGCAAAAAUUAGGGAAGAAAGAUUGGCUGCGUAUGCCGCGAAAAAGUCCAAAAAACCAGCUUUGAUCGCUAAGUCGAACAUAAUAUUAGACGUGAAACCGUGGGACGACGAAACAGAUAUGAAAGCUAUGGAAACUGAAGUGCGAAAAAUUGAGUGUGAUGGUUUAUUAUGGGGCGCAGCAAAACUUGUUCCACUAGCUUUUGGAAUUCACAAACUUCAAAUUUCUUGUGUCGUAGAAGACGACAAAGUUUCUGUAGAUUGGCUGACAGAAAAAAUUCAGGAAAUCGAGGAUUUUGUACAAAGCGUAGAUAUUGCAGCUUUUAAUAAAGUAUAAAACAUUAACGAAUUAUACUUCAUAGAAAAUAUUUUACCGUUCUAAUUGCAAUCAGGCAUUGAUCUGUUGUGCCAUCUAUUCAUUCCACUAGCAAUAUCUAUUUCAGCGAAUACAUUACAUACGUAUUAUAUAUUAAAUGUGAUUGUCCAAGAAUCAGAAUCUCUAGCUAUCGUACUCCAAUUUCAAUACUCGAUGGUGUCAAUUUAUUAAACCGUUUCUAAUACUCAAGUAAAUUUUUCAAUUAUUGUCGAAACAUCGAUAUACUAUUUAUACAAAGAAAACACUAUCGUACUAUGAAUGUUGUAAAUGUAAUCAAACGUAUGAAAUUAUAAUGUCAAUGUAAUACCACUUCAUUUAUUUGAAAAGAAAGUCAUGAAAUAGAUGAUAUUGCAAGUAAAAUAA